AAUAGACAUAUAUCCAAGACAUAUAUCCAAUCCACCAAGAGUAUACCAACUAGUAUAUUUCUCUCAAUUUCUUCACAUUUCUGGAUUUUAUACAUAAACAUCCCAUCUCCAUCACAUUCUCAAGCCUUUUCAAUGGAGUUUUUAAUGGAAAUAUGUCUCCUUUUCCUUUGUGGCUUCAUUUCUCACUUUGUUAACAUGAUUUUCCAGAAGAGAAAUCAGCAAUGCUAUAUGAUGGGUUAUGAAUGUUUCAAGGCUGCCGAUGACAGGAAGCUCGACACUGAUGCGUGCGUGAAAGUUGUGUUGAGGAACAAGAAUCUUGGUCUGGACCAAUACAGGUUUCUUUUAAAAACCAUUGUUAGUUCCGGUCUUGGUGAAGAAACUUAUGGUCCAAGGAAUGUUAUUGAUGGUAGAGAAGAGUUUCCUUCGGAAAACGAUGCACAUGCCGAGAUGGACGAGAUCAUGUUCAGCACUCUAGACACUCUGUUCGAGAAAACAGGAGUUUCCCCGUCGGACAUCGACAUACUCGUCGUCGAUGUCUCGUUGUUUUCACCAGCACCGUCGUUAACUUCCCGGAUUAUAAACAGGUACAAGAUGAGGGACAACAUUAAGUCCUUCAGUCUCUCGGGAAUGGGAUGUAGUGCAAGCAUGGUUGCAAUCGAUAUGGUGCAGCAGUUGUUCAAGACAUACGAGAACCAGUUCGCCAUCGUUGUGAGCACCGAAUCAAUCGCUAGGCAUUGGUACUGCGGCAAAGAGAAGUCAAUGAUGUUAUCGAAUUGCCUGUUCCGUAACGGUGGGUGUUCAAUCCUCUUAACAAACAAAAGGAACUUGAGGGAUCGAUGCUUGUUGAAGUUAAAGUGUGCCGUAAGAACCAAUAUCGGAUACGAUAACGAAGCAUACGGAUGUUGCAUACAGGUUGAAGAUCCAAAAGGUUACCAAGGUUUCCUCCUUACAAAAAACUUAACAAAAGCUGCUGCUAAAGCUUUUACAGGGAAUCUCAAGCUCCUAUUGCCCAAAAUAUUACCAGUUUGGGAACUGCUUCGAUAUGCAAUAUCAACUCUCCGGAAAAAAUCAACCAAAGGCCAAAAUUUAAAUUUCAAUUUAAAUCUCAAGUCUGGGGUUGACCAUUUUUGUCUCCAUCCCGGUGGAAGGGCAGUGAUUGAUGGGCUUGGGAAGAGUUUGGGACUUAGUGAAUAUGACUUAGAGCCAACUAGAAUGGCACUAUACAGAUUUGGAAACACAUCAGCAGGUGGUUUAUGGUAUGUUUUGAGUUACAUGGAAGCUAAGAAGAGGUUGAAGAAAGGUGAUAAGAUUUUCAUGGUGAGCCUUGGAGCUGGGUUCAUGUGCAACAACUGUGUGUGGGAGGUAAUGAAGGAUGGUUUGGAAGAUACUAGGGUUUGGGAAGAUUGCAUUGAUGAGUACCCUAGAAAAAACCUGGUCAAUCCCUUCACUGAGAAGUAUAGUUGGAUCAAUGAUGAGUGCUUGAACUUUGUCAGGCUUGACGAUCAGUUCAAUUAAGGAAAUUGCAGUUCAUGUUUUUCUUUAAGGAAUUUUAAGCAAGUUGCAAUUAUUUGUGUGGAUAUUUGACAGGCAAAUCUGAAAGAUAUCCCUGGUGCUUACAAAUUCAUGUUUGGUUUUCUACCUUUCGUACUUUUUUUUUAUAGUUGCUGAUCAGUUGUUCUAUCAAGCUAGCUAUUAGGUCGGUCUAUGUAUUCUCCAAAAGUAAAAAUAUUGUUCUCCUUAAAUAAAUAAAAUGAUUUUACCUAUACAA